CGGUAUGGUGCGGAGCGAUUGUAGUCGACAGUAGCGCGAAGUAGUUUCUCGAGUGCCUGAGCAGUGCGGGAGAGAGUUUACAUUUGGAAAUUUCGCUCGCGUUUCGUCCCGAUAAUUGUUUGCGCCGUCGCGAUAAAAAUCGAGAUUAAUUUUACGCGUAAUUGCGGCCCUUCGAAGGUACUUUUCGCCGAAAACAAGGUAAUAAAAUUCGCGAUUUUCGGGGUUUCGCGUCCGAGCGAACCGAACGGAGACGCGAGCAGGCGAAAAAAAACCAAAACACAAAUUCGAGAUAGAAUCAGCUGUGUGCAAAGCUCGCGCAUGAUUCAACCCCCACCUCGCGGCACCGAUGUGGUGGGGCUAACAGCUGUGAAUAAGAUACAAACUCAAAACAUCCAGCUCAGAGCUGUCAGUUCGGUCGGCGGUUUCGGACGUUGCGACGCAUACGCUAAGUUUAAUCAGGUGCUUGAACGCACUUGAGGUGGACUUAGAAAAUUAUUUUUUUUGACUCACUUGGAAAAAAAUUCGAUCGAGAUAUUUUUGAGUUUCGAUUAUUCGGUUAGUGUGUGGAGUGCGGUUUACGGAUUUCGUUGUCGUUUUUUUGGAUAUGGUACCUCAGCAAGGCAUGGACGCGUCACGAUCAGAAAGUCCCAGCAGCAGCGGCCUGCCUCUAUUCGGCUCGCAGUUGGUUGAUAAAAACUCGUCGACACCCUACUCUGACGCCACUCAGACGAAGAAAAACAACCCGAACCACAUCAAACGUCCGAUGAACGCGUUCAUGGUGUGGUCGCAGAUCGAACGUAGAAAAAUCUGCGAGGUAUCGCCCGAUAUGCACAACGCGGAGAUUUCGAAGAACCUCGGCGUACGCUGGAGGCAACUGAACGACGAGCAACGCAAACCCUUCAUCGACGAAGCCGAUAGGCUUCGCCAGCUGCACCAGAAGGAGUAUCCCGAUUACAAGUAUCGUCCCAGGAAGAAGACGGCCAAACCGACGCCCAAGUCGAGCGGCGCCAAGAAAUCGUCGAAACGCAAUCAGAAAUCAAAACGGAACGACAGAAACAAUAACGAUUCGGUACUUAAGGAUAAGAUAUUCGCCAGGCGUACGUCGGUUCCGGAAUCGGUGGUGUCCAAACUCAAGGUGUCGCUAUCCGCAGACGUGGAAACCAGCCUGGGACACGCGUACGAACCCGUAAGACAAAGCUUGCCGACUCCGACCACCCAAUUGCCCCCGAUUAGUGUUCUUUCCGCUAAAGUACCGUCUAGCCCGAGUUGCGAAACUCCGGAUUCACCGGAGAGCGCCACCAUUUACGAAGACUCGUGGGUUAAUACGUUCGUGAAGGAGGAACCGGAGGACAGACUCACGCACGUACCCAACGCGACACUGGACGAUUUAGACAACAUCGAUCUCUUACCCAUGGACGAUAUCGAUCUGGAAAGGUUGGCCGAUAUCGAUUCCAGCUUCGACACCGCGUCCAACAGUUCCGGCUCGCACCUGGACUUCACCUGCCCGAGAGACAUCCCGAUAUUUUCAAAUAUCGGCAACCAUUGGCCAGACGAGGGGUUCAUGAUGUGUUAAACGGAAACAAUAAGACUGUCGUUUGAACUCUUUUUUCGUAUAUAGGCACAUACAAUCAUUGUUAUUGGUCUAUAUAGACUCGGUAUAGUCCAGUCGGUGUGGCUCCUGUCGAUUCACAUCCCCCAAGUCAGCUCAAUCGGCUACAUCGACUAGUUACUAAUAUUAUAUACAUAUAUAUAUUCUAAUUUAACCCCAAAUAUUGAUCUCAUUUUCGUGUUUAUUUUUUUUUUACAUUUUAUAAACGAAAAAUGAAAGCGCUGUCGCCGUUUAGUUCACCGAAUGUGGGUUCUCCGUCUUAAUUAAAAUCAACCAGUUGUUAGUGCCUAGCUCAGUAUAAUUAUGUCGGACCGGGUAGACCGGCAUUAUAGUUUAAACAGGUUUUAAACUCCGUCGAAUUGCGAUGGGACACAAAAUCAGGCUGUGAUUCAUCUGUUUUGAUGACCAAUAUUUAGUUGUCAAAAAGUCCGUUUAGUCUUUGACAGGUGCUGCCGCUUCUAACGUUGGAGGAUACACGUCACAUUUAUGAUUUUUUGUGCCGGCAACUUUUAAGUUUUCACAGUCUGACGGAAAAAAGUUUGGGCCCUUGUUGUUUUUCCACCUCGCGCGAUAAUGCCGUUUUACUAACGCGGAUUAGUCCGACACAAACGAUUUUUUUUCUUUCUUUCAAAACAACCAGCACCGAAGCUUUUUUAACUCGGACUCUUUAGAAUUUUCGGAGAUUUUUUAAGUUGUUUUCUCGAUCAGAGUGGUACUUAAUUUGUUAAACGUCGGUUGUUGUAGAUGCGGAUGAAAUGGGUACGUACACGCGGUUAUCGUCAUUUUUCGGGUACGCUCGGGAUCGCUCGUACACGCUGGCUAAAAUGUUGAUAGAGAUUUCGCGGAAGGCCGCCGCGUCUGGCAGACCUGUUUGAAAUUUUUCGGUCGCACUGGAAACACUUGUUUGCUAAAGGACCCUUUUCCGAAUUUUGUUGGUCCUUUAAGUCUUAACAAUGGAAGAAAUUGUUAUAUUAAACUUUGAUAUCAAAGUCUAUUCCUUUUUUAAAACCUCCAUAUUAUUGGACGUGUGGAGUUUGUAGGAAAUUUUUUCUGAAACGAAAAAUGCAACUACAACUUUUCAAAGAAUUUACUUGCAAUAUUUCGCUUUCGUACCAUUUCAAGCCACUAAAAUCAAAAUAAAACAUAAGUUCACCGUUCGCGCGUAUAAAACUUUUAAAUGCUCAGGAAUUUGUUUAUCCUGAGUAAGGUUUCUAAAGGGUUUUCCAACUGAAAUGAAUGCAUUUCAGCUCUAAUAUUCACAUAAAAUUUUUCACUGCAAUUUAAUUUAUUAAAACUCAAUAAAAUCUCAUAAAUCUAUUUACUCUGAGCAAAGUAUCUAUAGUCUUUGCUGCAUUUCCUAGAGGCAAUGAUGAUGAUGAUGAUUAAAUUAUUGAAAAGUAGAUUCUUGACGAAUCACAGGACUCACAGGACUCCUCGCAAUACACAGGAAAAUUCUAUAGAAAUUUUACGUUGAAACUUAAGUUUGGUAACUUUGUAUGUAUGUAUAGUUUAUAAAAGGCUUUCGCAACGAAUUUCCUUGCAACACUUGCAAUAAUUCUUGGUAAAUCGCAGUAAACCGCUGUAAAUCAUGGGAAAUCCUCAAUAAAAGGCGGUAAAUCGACGAAGUUCGAUUCGAAUUUGAUGGAAGUGCUCCUAUUUAGGUCGAUUGCGAUACAAUGUACGUCGGGAAGUAAUGACAUUUGAAUCGAAACAACAUCCAAGAAAAAUAGAUCAAUUAAUCCGACCUGAAUGUCCGAUAUGCGGGUCGAAUUGUAAAAAUAACAGCCGAACAUAGCGCGCGCCAUUUUUAUUUCAAACAGGUAUGUUGGAGCGGAUCGCCGCGCGCACACUGUUGUAAAUAAUAAUUUCUUCAUUGUUCCUCUCGCCAAGUUAAAUAAUAAUAAACGACGCUUUCCAUCUUCUUGUAUUACGCUUAAAGGAAACUUAUCUUUCGUUUCGAUUCUCGACGAGGAGAAAGUCAAUGCACAAACUAAAUCUUAAGGAAAAUAGCGUUUUUUAGAAGAAAAAAACGUUUUUAAAAAAUUUAUAAAGUUUUUAGAGUAGAGAGCAACAUCGAUAUUCUUAUAUUUAAACAAAAAAAAAUAAAAGGCGUCUAAUACGAAACGUCAUACGUGUGCUUUCAGUGUAAUAGAAGUUAUCUUUAGCGCAGCACAAAUAACUAUUUUGUGAGACGAUGAACGAUUUUUUGGAGAUCGAACGUGGCGCGUAACUUGCGCAGAAUCGCACAAACCGCUGUUUAGAAUUUGUCGAAAGCCGUGGACUGAAUUCAUCUAGACUUCCACUCCAAUACUGAGAAAAUUUAUCUCGAUCAAUUUGGACACCAACCUGCAACCAAACUACAGGUUUACAAUACGUCCUGGCCUAAAGUGAUGGUUGCUAUGUUAGUGUGACGUACGAUGGCCAUUAUUUCUCGAGCUGUCGAAGUUUACUGUCCAAGCGAACCAUUUAGCUUAUUCAGUUUUUGUGAACGAUUGACCCGAGUUGUUGGUCGCAGUGUACUAUUCGACUAUUGCGUGGUAAAUGUUCGAAUUAGUUUUCAGCACAUUCAUGCACACCCUACAUGUUUGGAGUAAACGAUUUUCCUAUUCCUAAAACAUCUGUCGGAUAUGGAGUUCGUAUCUAAAUGAACGCAUCCAAACGAAAGUCAAAUACGAGGGCUACCUUUUAUAUUUCGGCAUUUGUAAUAAAAAAACUAUAAGCUACCAACCAAUAUGACAUUAUUGUUUCUCAAAAUAUUCAUCCUGAUGAUCAAUACACGUCGAGUCCGGCACCUCCAAAACAUUCUUUUUAAACGCAUCAAUCGCUUCUUCUGGGGUCAAAAAUCGUUGCCCACGUAAUUUAUUCUUAAUGUUGGGAACAAAAAGAAGUCCUUAGGUGCUAAGUCAGGAUUAUAUGGUGAAUGGCUAAUGAAAUCAACGUUUUUAAUGCUCAAAAAGUUGUUUGUUUGCACUGAUCGGUAAGAGCUAGUAUCGUCUUCGACAGUUGGUUUUUCUAAUUUCUCCGAAGACUUUCGGCAAACAAAUGGUUGUGUACGAUUCAGAAUUGACUGUUUUACCUUUCAAAAAAGAAACAAUUGCAACGUGGCCAGGCUACCAUAGCAUUUCCUCCGACCAAUCAACACGAGCCGUUUUUUGAGCUGAUGUCAAAUUGUGCGGUCAAAUGUUUAUGCAAAAUUGUAUGUACGCUGGUCCCAGUAAUGCUCAAUGAUACCUCAGUCUCACGGUAAGUCACAUGACGAUCUUGUAAAAUCAGUUUCCACAUUGCAUCAAUAUUUUCUUGGACAACCACCGAUUUUACACGAAAUUCAUCCUUAAGAAAACUACUAUCACGACUGAAGUCCGAAAACUGCGAUAGUAGCCCUAGAUCGUGUCGAAGUCGAAUUAAGUUCAUCGAUUGAGUUAGUUCACGUCUAAAUUUGUAAAAAAUUGUUACACGAAAAUGCUCCCGAUUAAGUUCCAUUAAGCUACAUUUUUUUAAUUUAUCACAAAAAACACAAAAACUUCCGCCAAAACCUAACUGAGUAAACCUAACCUCAAAAUGUCAAACUUCCCUAUAAAGACGUUAGACGCCAGAUGGCAGGACUGUUUUAAGAAAAACGUAGCCCUCGUAGACCCUGGUUUCAAGACAAGUUGCUUCAAACCUUUUGAUUUCAUCCCAGUUUCCAGGCAGUUGUCGAAAAGUUUUGUUUUAUUCGACACUAGUUCGUGUUUGGUCCGCUUAGUAGAAAACCGGACUUAUAUUUACGAGUGGUAAUUCCGAUAAUUAACGAAUGCACAAAAACUGAAAGACCCACAAAAACUGCGGAUCGUAAAAGUUGACAAUCAGGAAUCGAAAUGGACGAUGGUACGGCAUCACUUCUAUUAUUCUUCUACUUGUACUAUUUUUCGUACUCUUCUUCUUUGGCCUUCGAUGUUUAAAUGGCGUGGCAAAGUCUUCCGGUCUGGAUGUGUUUAGUCUAUCCCACGCGGUCGUGCGUUCUGUGUUUGUUUUCCUCUACGGUUCUAAUUGGAAAUAUUUGUGCUGAUUAAGAAUAUAAUAAUAAAUUUAGAUCGGACUGUCCGUAUAUUUAUAAGAGUUUUCGAAUUUUAAAAUUUUAUGAGGCCUGGUACAGUAUGAAAAUAAGUAGAGUAACAUCGGUGUAUUUUUGUACCCAAUAGUUAUAAAGGUACCGUUCGUUGGCGAAGUCCCUCGAAACUCAAUCCGCUGACUGAUUUAGAUGUAGGAAUUUAGGGUGUGGACGACGACGGGGGCGAAGGGAUUUGGAUUUCGGAUCGCCACCCCCCACCCCCCAACCCCGCGCCGCAGCCCGUUCGGUAUUGUAAUACAAAUUCUUCUCGUGUUUUUCUUCUCGCCACGGUUUUUUUGCGUUCGACUGUCCGUUUCGAGAGCGUGUGUCGCUUGCGCGAACGAACGGCGCCAUUUUUUUUGUACAUAAUCUGUAAAAAUUUGCUCAUAAUGUAAAGAUUGUUUUCGUUGAAGGUGUAUUGUUUAUUAUUAUUAUUAUCAGUCGGUUCCCGAUCAACUGCAAUAAUUUUUCUGGAAUUUCGUCGAAUUUUUUUCUGCGACUGGCGAUUCGACAUUUUCUUAGAUAUUAUAUCCCGUCGAUAUCUAGUCUGAACGGAAGACGAUUAAAAUGUACGAUAAUAAAAAAAAAUGUACGGCGUUAAUUUGUCGCAUUGUUAAUUUUUAUUCUGGUGAACGAAUUAAGAGAUUACGAGUUAGCAAUAUUUUUGCAUAUUACCUUGUUGUAUCAUAGACCUUUGCAUUUGUAAAUCCCCAUGUAUUAUAUUCAUAUUAAACUAUAUUGAAGUUAUGAUAUAGUGUGUAAAUUUUGUAUUGUAGUUGCUGUUGAAUAUAUUACUAUAUGGCUAAUAAACUGAUUUUUCAAUUUA